CUGCUGCACUGCUCUCAAAAGCCGUUGAAAGGUUGUGCGACGGGGUAGUAUGCCGAGCGACACCUGGUGGUGUCUUUACCGCAGUCUGAAAGCCAGUUUUCGAACAUGAAGAGGCAGAUUACUACCCCACGUCGCCGGAUAAACAAGAAAGCGCAUGUGGGUCUCAUGUCGACCUCCUCCGCCCAGAGCCUGAGUAUCUUCGUGGCGGUUGCCACUGCCCUACCGCGCAUCGUCUCUGUCUUCGACGCACUCGAUCUUACCACAUGGGUCGCCGCAGCCUACUUCCUGACAGAAGCAGGGCUCAUGCUCUGCGUCGGACAGCUGGUCAAGACGAUACCCAUUAAAGUUGUCUAUAUCAUUUCGAUCAUUGUCUUUGAAGUCGGGUCGGUCCUGUGCGGGGCGGCCCCGUCGAUGGAAGUGCUGAUCCUUGGUCGGGCUGUAGCUGGAUGCGGUGCCGCGGGCAUUACCAUCUGCUCCAUUGCAACCAUCGCAACUUUUACACGGCUCGAGGAUCGCCCAGCCUUGUUCGGCGGGUUCGGCGUGCUGCUUGCGGCAGCGAGUAUCAUUGGCCCUCUGUUAGGCGGAGUAUUGACUAACCAUGUGUCUUGGAGGUGGUGCUUCUACAUUAAUCUCCUGAUUGGCGGCACAAGCGCAGUGGCAAUGGUCCUUUGGCUGCCGUACCGCAAACCAGAUAUCUCAAUGCUGGCUGGUCGCAGUCUCCUCUCGCGUUUCAACUAGCCUCGAAUGGGGCGGAUCGAUCAAACCCUGGACAAGCGCCUCUGUAAUCGCGCCUCUGUGCGUCACCGGUAUGCUUGUGGUCGUAUUUCUGGUAUGGGAAGGAUUCCGUGGGGCGGAGGCCUUGCUCCCAUACUCUAUCUUCCGCAGGCGGAUGCAGAUUGGUGCCUCAUUGGAAGCAUUUUGGCUGUUGACGUCUCUUAUUGUCUCGAUAGUAUGUCAAAUAUUAGAGUAUGCAUAUAGCCAUGUUGGUGUCCCUUGUGUCGCAGUAUUACCUCCCUCUUUGGUACCAGACUAACGGAAAAAUAGGGUGCAGUCAGGAAUCGACAUUCUUCCACUGAUGCUCUCCUUCGUUAUCUCUUCUGGUGUGGCAUCGUAUAUCACUACGAUAUGCAUUCACCGUUAAUAUAUCCAUAUACCCGCCUCAACAACCCGCCCCAGGCUACCGGCCGAAAUUGGCACCUUGUGCUUCUCACGCCGCUAUUAACGGUCGUUGGUGCAGCCCUGAUCUUCACGUCCGAUGCUUCCACCGCCAACGCCAAGCUCAUCGGCUACUAAAUUUUCAUAAGGGCUGGUUUUGGUGCGUUGUGCUACUGCUGGCACCAGCCGUGGCUAUUGACAUGGAAGCAGGCGGCUCGUAUCAGUCCUCUUACGUUGCUAUACAGGCCGAUUGGGCAGAUAAGGUCGAGGAGACCACUCGGGCGUCGGGUAUUUUGACGUUCGUUUCUUACCUUGGAGGAAUCAUCGGCCUGAGUAUCGCUGGCUCAAUCUACAACAACCGUCUCGGCAGCGAACUCUCGCAAGUCCCAGGAAUGACGCCCGAGCUUGUUGAUACCCUGAAGCAGAGCAUCACCGUCAUCUCGACCCUCCCUGACAGCAUCCGCGAACCGGUUCGCGAGGCGUCGAUCAAGGCCCUCAGCUCUAUCUUCCUUAUUCCCCUGAUCGGCUCGGCGCUGGGCGCCAUUUGCGCAUUCCUUCUCGAGCAAUUUGACAGUGCCAUCCGAAACCACAAUGUCAAAGAAAGGGCAAAACUUUCCGAGGGUGUCGGAGCUAGUGUUGCCGUCGUCUGAUGUAGACUUGUUACCAAUCUACUCGGCAGUUGGUAGGGGCUUGUACCGAGGGUGGGAUGGUGGUCGGUACGCCGAAAUUCCGUGCAAGGUGGCUGGUAUCGAGCCUACGUCUGAUGUGAUCUAGCCCAAUAGUCCGCUACUGCCUUGAGAGAGGCCGCAGCGCGUUGUCUGUCCUUACUGAAUUUAUAUCCAGUCCUUCCAUCCUUCGCGUUCUCUGCAUUAUAUAUCAGCCUGGCGUUCUGUCUCACAUACGUAGAACAAGUAUCAGACAGGGACAUUGCAGAUUGUCAUAUAUAAUCGUGCCUACAGCGAGGAGCUCGAGCGCCGUCCUGCCGAACUAAGUUAACC